AGUAUAAUAAGUCGUUGACGUACUAGCAUAAAAGUCUUGAUUAUUUUAUACCCUAUACAUAUUCAUAUCAUUUAUAGACCCGGAUUCCUCCCCUUCACGAGUGUUCGAUGGGGUCAGACCUCUGCUUUAUUAUCUCUCUUAAAGGGUGCUGUGCAAACUUCUUUUGCUCUUGCAAGUUUGCUGAUCCUGAAGAACUUUCGUGAUGCCUUCAAUCAAUUUGAGGCUCUUGCACGUUCAUGUUAGUCAGGCCCUUGAAAUCCUCGGAGAACCUCAGAUAGAUUCCCUUUAUGGUCCCUCUCAGGAGUCGGACAAGUGGGCCGAAUCCACGGACCAAAAAUCACCUCUGGCGCUUGAACCGAAUCCUCGGACCCUCUCUGCUGCUAACGAGGUCGUCCUGGUGGAGUUCGGAGGGAAUUUGCUGUCUACAAGUGUGCCUGAGAUCCUGGAGGACCCCUGUCGUCUGAACAUCGUCGCGGUGAUCAUGGUGGCAGAGUCAGCGACCGUGGCUAUUGGAAUGGAAACAAAGCUGUUCAGGAUCUCUCCCAGUUAUACAAGCAUGCCCUACUACGUCGCGGGGCCAACAACAACUCUCAGAGCGAACAGGAGUGGUGUGAAGCGUGAGACGCGAUGUGCAGGAUGCUACGACCUCUGGAGCAAGAAUAACUCUCGUGCAUCCCAGAGUCAACGAGAUGCGAGCAGUGCCUCUUCGCAGGAACUAACACGGAAGCUGCUGGAGCAUUGUGGCCUGGGACCUGUUGAGUUGUUGCUCGGGAUAAUGGAGAUGACUUUUCCGAGCGGAUAAAAGCCGAAGAUACAGUGACUGGGACAUCCGUCACACAGCUCUGUUGGGCUAC